AUGCUGGGUUCAUUCUUUGGCGACACGUCUUCCAGUUCCGUUGCUCCGAAUACAAAAGCUGGCACCAUCUCCUCGUCUGAAUACUCCCUGCCGCCGGUGCUCGAGGGUUUUCUCAAAAAGCCCGCCUCUAGUGGCCGCUACCAGUCCUCAAUCUCUUCCAGUUCUGUCCUGCUCCCCUCCUCCUCUUCCUCAUGUGAACCUCUCAACCCCGAAUCCCGAUUAUCCUCGGGCAUCCAGUCUGUACGUCGCUUUUUCUCCUUCAAUUCGACGCCCUCUGACUCCUACGAACCAGAGAUCUUCCGGUCCCUUUCACGACGCCAGCGACUACUCUACUUCUUUGUCUCACUCCUUUGUGCCUCCCUCUUAUUCUCGUUCUCCCUCAUUUUCAUUCCCCUACUUGCAACUCCCUCGGGCAUGCGGAAAUUUGUCCUAAUGUAUGUGCUGGGCAACGUUGCCCUCCUCUUCAGCCUGGCCUUUGCCUACGGACCCUGCACUUACCUCAAAAGUCUCCUAACCCGCCAGCGCUUUCCCUCCACCGUAGUCUACGGAUUCAGCCUGUUUAUGGGUCUCUAUGGCGUGUUGGUGUGGCGCAGUGCCCUCUGUGCUGCUCUUGCCCUCAUCAUUCAGGUGGGACUGGCCUUCUGGAAUUUACGGCAGUUUGUCUACAGUGGUGGUCAGAUUAUCUCAUUUUUCGGCAAGGUCUCUUCUGUGCCGAUACCGGGCAUGAGGGAGUCGUCAUCCACCCUGCCAGUUUAG